AUGUACAUCACCCUCUACUAUAUAGUCACCCGGCUCCCUGACUCCCUUCGCGUAGUCAGGGACCACUUCCUCUCUGUUUGCCCCACCACACUCACCGUUGACCUCCUCGAGGAGCGCCUCCUGGCAGCUGAGAAGAGUAUAGUCGCUGUAGGAGCCUCUCGUGGUGACCCUCGUACCCCCUUCUUUGAGGGGUGCUCCCCCUCCCCGCUUUUGCCCUCUGUUGCCUCUGCUGCUGCCGUCGACUUGGUUGGCAGCGAGUCGGUCGGCGCUGCGUCUAACCCUAGCGGGAGACGCCGCACCGGCAAGGGAAAGGGGGGCAAGGGCGCUGGAGGGGCUGGCGGGGGCGGUGGAGGUGGCGGUGGAGGCGGCGGAGGGAGUGGGGGUGGCGGUGGGAGUGGUGGCGGUGGGAGUGGUGGCGAGGGUGGGGGCUUCGGUGGCGGCGGUGGAGGCGGAGGCGGAGGAGGCGGUGGAGGUGGGAGCGGAGGAGGAGGCGGUGGCGGCGGUGGCGGAGGUGUCGGCGGCGCAGGUGAAGCUGGUCGGGGUGGCUCUGUGCAGCGGGGCGGCUUCGGUGGUGGUCAGCGCCAGCAGCAGCAGCGCACUCGUGAGAUCCCGCCCCCCCAGCAGCUUCGUGAGUGGUACGCUGCGCGUCAGCGGGGUGGGGGUGCUGGUCCUUGUGCCUACGUACUGCGUACCGGCGACCGCACAGGUGAGCCAUGCAGUGGCCCGCACACCACCCAGCGCUGCUCCGGCCGCCUGACGGACGCUUGGCGUCUCCAGUUCCGUGACGCCACUGAGAUCCCCCGUUGGGGCGAGCUGCUUAGGUCGGGGGUUGCUAUCUUUGAUCUGGAUUAUGAUGCUAUUCUUGCUGCCAUGUAUGUUGUGUCUACUAGUGAUGAGGGUGACUGUUACCUGUGUGUUCCGCCUGACCCGGGCAUUGAGGCUGCUGCUCUAGGUGCUGGUGAGGCUACUGCUCUAGGUGCUAGUGCGUCUGCUGCCUUAGGUGCUGGUGAGUCUGCUCUCUCAGGUACCACGUCGGCUCAGGCCUUGCACACCUUCACCCUUGACUCGGGUGCUUCCCGCUCCUUCUUUCAAGACCGCACCACACUCACGCCGCUUAGUCGGCUAGUUGCAGUCUCCCUGGCGGACCCCUCUGGGGGUCCUGUCCUUGCCCACUUCUCCACUGUCUUACCGUGUCCGGCGGCCCCUUCUGGCACCCUGUCAGUUCACUCCUGCGAGUCAGCGGGUGACCCACUGUACGUGUGCUCGGACGGGCCGACACUUGGCCAUGUUUAUCCGUCAGCCGGGGUCGAGCCUGUACACACUGACUACUGA